AUGACUGUGUUUAUUGUGUGUUUACAGGAGCAAGUGUUAGAUCCAAAGACCAGACUGAUGUUGUACAAACUGGUAAAUGGAGAAGUACUGGAAGCCGUGAACGGCUGUAUCAGCACAGGAAAAGAAGCAUGCGUCUUCCAUGCUAAUGGAGGAAGGAGAGAAGAGGAACCCAUGCCAGAGGAGUGUGCAGUGAAAGUGUUCAAGACAACCUUGAAUGAAUUCAAGACAAGGGAUCGUUAUAUCAAGGAUGACCAUCGAUUCAGAGAUCGCUUCAGCAAACAGAAUCCCAGGAAGGUAAUCAGGCUCUGGGCAGAGAAAGAAAUGUGUAAUCUAAGCAGGAUGAAGAAAGCUGGUAUUGCGUGUCCUACUGUUGCGCUCUUGAAGAAACAUAUUCUGGUCAUGAGUUUCAUAGGCAAAGAUCAACAACCUGCGCCAAAACUGAAAGAUGCUGUUCUGUCUGCACGUCAGUUACAGCUGGCUUAUGAACAGUGUGUUCAGAUGAUGUGCACAAUGUACCAGAAAUGCAAACUGAUCCAUGCAGAUCUGAGUGAGUACAACAUGUUGUGGCAUGAUAACAAAGUAUGGUUCAUAGACGUCAGUCAGUCUGUGGAACCAAUGCACCCCCACGCAUUGGAGUUCCUCUACAGAGACUGUACAAAUGUCGUUGAGUUCUUCACAAAGUGCAGAGUGCCUGAUGUUGUAGCAGCUCAUGAUUUGUUCAACAAGGUCUCACAACUGGAUAUCACCCCUAGCACAGAUCAGGACUUCCUCUCUCAGAUUCAAUCCUAUGAGAAGCAUGAACUUUCUGUAGGAGGAAGGAAAAAUUUGGAACCGUAUGACUUUGAUUACUUUUUCAGCAAGACAACUGCACAAUCUCAGUGAAGAGAUGGUGGACACCUCUUAACCAGAAAACAAUCAGUGACAAGACAGCUGCAUAAUCGUAGGGAAGAGAUAUGAGACCCUCAGUCAGCUUUCAAUAAUUAUUUGGCAACACUCCAAGAACAGCUCACUAGCUGACACCUGACUCUUUCAGAACUCUAUUGCUGGUCCCAUACCCAGAUUACAAUUAAACAAUUUAAUGUGGCUUACUACAGUUUUCCCAAGACUCAGUAGCGUGUGCUACAAUUGCCUGCCAGAUGUUGGCAUUAGUUACACGUGCAAAAAUGACGCCAGUAGCCCUAAGAAAAAUGAAAAUAACUUCAGGGCUUGAAAGGCAUUAAAUCACUUUGGUAUACGUA